AUGCCGAACAUGCUGGAUAGCAUCCAUCAUGGCACCAGCGUGGAGGUUUGGGCACUGACAAAGGCAUUUGGCUUUGAAGUGCUUGUCUGGAGUACAGACGUGGACGCCAACUACUGGAUUGCAACGAUGGAGCAAGUCACUGACGCGGAAGCGAUGCGGCUGGCUGAGCUACACCCGCAUGCCUUGCACCUGGUGCACCAACCCAUGGGUCACACCGGACACUAUAGCUUGCUGUGGGAAGAUAGGCCACCCGCUUCGGUGUGGCAACCAACACCAUGGUUGCAGAUAUGGCACAGGGAGGGAGCACAAGCCUUGCAACAGCAUUUGGGUAUGAUCCGCGUGCAACCGUCGCGGGUCGAGCCGGCAGAGCAACCCAACCAGCCGAAUGCGGCGCCUGCCUCCGCAAAAGCGGCGGCCAAGCCAAGCAAGCCGAUGGCCUCCAACCAAGACCCGUGGCCCGCACUGGCCACGCCACCUUGCAGCAGCGGGUCCGAAGUGGGCUUUGCUGACACGGAAAGUGUCGUGUCGUGGAAUUCACACCAAUCCAGUGAAGGCUCCAGUGCCGCACCCAGCCUAGCGCUAGAACCAGAGCGUGCAUGGUGCACGCUGGAAGAUCAAUACUUGGAACAAAUUCAGACCAUCAGCCGGCAGUUUCGUACCAAACCGUUGCUGCCACCAUCCGUGCCACACGUUCCGGUAGAGUUAGCCGACAGCAUGUCCGGCGUCCCGUAUCCAGCCUGCCACUGUGCCUUUGAAGGUUGCACGUGGUGCAGCGACGCACAGCCGUGCGUGGACGCAUUGCUCUCGAAAGAUCAGUGGAUUGUGCAGGGAGUCACUUGGCACUGCAGCAGUGGAACUUGCUGCAACGACCCCGGUGCCUGUCUGUGGGCGCACUUGCGCAGCCAGCAUGCAGUCGCCUUCCAGCACUGCCCCGGAGAUCUUGUGAGUUCUUACAUCGCAGCCUUGAAAUGUGUCGAAGAGCAAUCGGUCCCGGCCGUUGGUUGGAGUGUGGAUCGUCGCACUUUGCGACGCUUGCAUGCCGAAAGACAAGAAGAGCAAACCGUUGCUCUCAUCUGUGCUUGCUGUGCCGCCGUCCUGCCCAGCGGACCGCGGAGCGAGAUUGGAUACUUGACCGUGGAACACAUCUUCGAAACCUUGACGCCCGACAGCUUCCAACAGAAUUGGGAUUUGAUGCAGUAUCGCACUUCCUAUGGCUCCCAUGCUUCGGUCCACAGGCAGCUCCACGGAGCCGAAUGGCAGCGGACCCUGCCACCAACAUUGUUCGAUGGGCAGUCCAUCCUGUGCUGUCCGGAAGAUCUCCGGUGUAGCGCCUGCCCUGCCGCUGGCAUGCAGCUCUGCCCGCAGUGCGAGCUGCCACUGUGCCGAUCUUGUUGGAGCCGAAUGCGGCAAGGCGCAUUUAGUGGCAUUCCUUCGGCCCUCAGCAACGACAACUUCUAUGGCUAUCCGGCCGAGCUCCUCUACCAACAUCGGGUGCGAUGGAUAGAGACAGCGGCUGCUUCGCCACUGUGGACUUCCAUGGUGAGCUUUUACCUUGAAGCAGACCGCGGGCACGUCUUAGAGGAGCCUGUGCAUCGAGCCGAGCACCGCCUGGCCAUCCGCGGCAACAUCAGUGCCGUGAGUUUGCCGUGGGAAGAAAUUUACGGCCACUUCGCACAGAUGACACCCCACGAUCGCAUCGCAACCUUGCCGCACGCGCUCCCUGCCUUGCGCGCAAUGGUGAAAGUGACGGUGAAGGGCAUGCGGCAUGCUGAGCUCGUGGAGUGGGUAGCCGGCAGCUGUUUCGAUCCAAAGUGCAGCGGGAGUAUGGCACAAGAAAUUUGUCCAGUCACCAUCGAAGAGCAAGCCGACCUAGCUGGUGCAGCACCCACCCCAGCUCAGACAAAGAAUGCAACCCCAGAACCUGCAAACCUCCCACAGUUUGGCGGGGAAGCCUUCUUGGGCAGCAGCCGACCACAAGUUCUCAGCCCGGAUUAUACCAGCAACCAGGCAGGUGACACGACAACCCAAGAAGUGACGCGCCUCGCUCAAGUCACCCCGAAGGUCACCAUCCAGACGGGCACAGAAUUCUGGGACCAAUGGCAGACGGAGUACCUUGCCUGGGCUUUCCCCUUCAGUGUCCCAUCCCCCGUCGGUGGGCCGGACUUUCCGAACAAGGAGCGCCCGCGACGCAAAGCCGACGCAGCAGUGCUAGGGCCAAUCCCACACCUGCGCUCCUUAGCCCGGCGCGUCGAGUCUUCGCUGCGAAACUCUUGGGAUUUGAUUUCAGGCCUCCGGCGACUGACGUUCAAAUGGCAUUCGGUGUGCCAAACGCCGCUCUACCGGUCCUGGGCAUCCAAAACCAACGCCCUCCAAGCGACACCGGCACAUGAAUGGGUUCAGGCGGCCAAAGCCUUGUAUCAAAAAUUACAAAAAGGUAAGUAUUUGACAGCCGGCAAGACGCUGAAGCCAAUCAACUACGAUGCCCGCAAGCUAUGGUUUGCCGAAGGCCUCACCCCGCCCGAAGCCCAGCUGCUGCGUGACAUCCGGCACGCGCAAAUGACUUUGCCUGGAACAGUGGAGGUCCGGCGACGGAUUGGCCGUUUUCUCUUCGGAGCACGGGUCGAACUCGGAGAACCCAUCUUCAUGACCUUAUCUCCCACGACGCGGCACAAUGCCUUGUGCUUGCGACUCUCGCGGUACCGACAGCAUGACCCGGGUGCGGGGCCGCUUUCUGGAAAGCACGUGCCACGCGUCUGGGAAGAGGCCGAGGUGAUUGUGCCAGUCCCUGAAUACGAAACGCGCCGGCAAACAUCCGUUCGAGAUCCCUGGGCCGUCGACAUAGCCUUCCAGUGCAUGGUUCGUUUUGUGUUUGCGGAGCUUCUGGGUAUUCGCAUGUGCUUCCGCUGCCCCAAUUGCAGCUGUCGCGAUGCCCUCGGACAAUCGACACAUCCCAUGGGAGGCAUUCUUGGCCUGGUGCUUGGAUUCUGCGGAGCCAUAGAGUAUCAAAAAAACAGCAACCCCCAUUUUCAUGCCAAUGUGUACGUCGCCACGGUGUGGCAACAGCCCUUGAAAAAAUUAGCUCAAAAAAUACAAGCUAAGGCCAUUACCCUGGAAGAACUGUUUCGGUACCAAGCCUGGCUGCACAAUGAAAGCCACUUCAACCUCGAACAGCAUGAAGCCCUCUUUCCAGCGUUGGAAAAAAAGUGGAUGCAAAACUUCCCUGGGACGGAGCAUGACAGGUUAUGCCUUUGGCCAGCUUUUGUUGCCGCAGACACCACGCCUUCGCCGUGGCUGCCCCAGGUUGCCGACGGCGGGCCGCUCCGCGUAGAGCGUUGCUCAUCGCCGGCCCAUGCCGCCGAAUCGCAGAACUCAGCUGCCCCGACUGCCGCAGCCAACCCAAAGGAUCUGCAGACUGACGCCAUUCGAUACCGGCAGCUCUACCAGACAGCAGUGCAAGUGAAGCUCUCACACCAGCAACACCAUAUGCACACUUGGGAUGCCAAACACCAAUGCCACGUGCCGCUGCCUGCUUGCCAGAAGAAAGACGCGCCAAACAAAUGCAAGCACGGCUUCCCAAAAACCAUCUGCGACGUGGCGCGCGUCGUGUGCCGGGGGAAUGCUCGCAAAUUUCGUCAGAGUACGGCUGGCAGACGAAAUGCACUUGGCUGCGUCCUCAAUCCACGGGACAACCAAUGGCUGUCAGGCACGAUGCAUGCAUUUACCCUGAUGUUUAUGGGCAACAGCCAUACCGGCAUCAAGUUCCGCAUCCCACUAUUGCCGGAAACGCAUGACGCGGCAUGCGAGCGGAACUGCUUGGAAACGACCACCUUGCAGCGCCUCCAACGGCUGAUGCAGCAUGCCGCGAAAAAAGCGACGCAAUACUUCACCGGAUAUUUGCAAAAAUCCCAGCCAUUGGGUCGGAAGGAGCUGCAACAAGCCGCCAAGCACCUGUCAUAUCUCGACAUUACCCCCGAGAAGGGCGCGGAAGCCAAGCACUACCGAAAAGUGUUGCAUCGAGUGUGCGGUGACUUGGAAUUUCGCUGUUCCGUCCGCCCCCUGACGGAAGAAGUCAUGUUGGCAGGUUUCUGGGACGGCGACGAACCCACGUCUGCCGAGUGCAUUCGCUCCUUUGCCGUCGUUCCCUUUGUCGGCAGUGACUCGUUAGCUCAGUACGAUAAGGCAACUGAAGUGCGGCAUCGCGUCAAGCCUACCCAUCACCGACAGGCCCACUUCAAGAGCAGCGAUCUCUACGGCUGGCGGGGUCAAGAUCCGCGGCUGCGAUAUUUGAGCCCUUGGGAAUUCACCACACUCUGGGAAGUGCAACGGCUGCAGCCACCCUCCCAACAAAAAUCUGACUUAAGUGAAUGGCUUCCUGGAUGCGGCGUCGGCCCGGAGCCGGCAGACGGGUGGCAAUUUGGGCGGGACUACCGAUGGAAGCAACACAUCCUUGCCGAUAGCCCCAAACACAUCGUCCCCUUGCCAAGCCGUGCCAGCACCGCCGCUGGAGCGGACCACUACUUCGUUCGCCGGGCCGUGCCCUUAGUGCCGUACCCCACAGCGUGCCCACUGCCCAAAGCCGACAUGAGCAAAGAUCAGCAAGCCCGCCUCCUGAACAUCUAUCUCCGCCCAUGGACUUUGGCCGGUGACGACGCCACGGUGCAUGUGCCACAUAUUCAGGCCUUGGACAUCCCCAUCACCGAUUGCCAAAAGAAGCCUUCCCAUCGAUGUGUCGGAAAAACUUCGGUGGGGUGCCGCAGUCACCACACGGCAUGGAAAGACUACAUUCGCCACCACAUCGUGUCUGCAAAUGCCGCCCGCACCAUCUCAAAUUUCUUGGCCGCUGCAGAGUGUUCGCCGGACGACGUCGAGGAAGCAACCGUCGACGAAGCCAGGAAGCCGGACAGGGAAGUCGACACAAGCUGGGUUGACAUGACGACCGUGCAACGCCUCACUGCCGGAGAAGGGUUCCAAUACUCCAAACGGUCGGCCCAGACCGUCCAGAGUCUUGUGCACGACUGGACAACACCGCAGACAAGCACGAGCAACCAAGGGCCGCGGCAGUUCUCGACCGGCCUGCCAGACCCCGGCCCAGCACCAGCAACCGGGGCAGCUGGCACAGAUCCCUUCGCCCAACAAACGCAACCGCCACGCCCGGUGGCCACGAACUACGGAACCUUCAGGUUGGACGCGGCCCGGAUGUGGUUGCAAGCUUUGAACCGGUCCGGGAUGACGCCAGCCCCCAACCCAGAACAAAAGCAAGUUCUGACAGCCGUUGUGGAAAGGUGCCACGCCGAAGCGGUCGAGGAAAGGGAAGACAAGCAGAAUCGAUCAGAACCAUUUCGAGCAAUCUUGCAUGGGGUGCCGGGCGCAGGGAAAUCCCAAACCUUGCACUGGCUUUGCACGUUUUUCGAAACGGUGUGUGAUUGGCAGCACUUGCACGAGUUUGCUUUCGUAGCCCCGCAGAACACGCAAGCGGCCCUGAUAGAUGGAAUCACCAUUCACUCCUUCGCGGAUAUCAGAGUGCAAGGCCAGAAGCAAAAAAAGGAGACGGCUUUUGGACCAGAUCACUUCGUCAAGUACCAACAUCUACGCUGGCUUAUCAUCGACGAAUGCAGCACCUCAGCCUUGGAAGUACUGGCCGUGCUAGAAAAACGCCUGCAAGAAGCGGUCCGUGCCAGGCACUCGUGGAAAUGCCGCGCCACCGGCACGCCCCGGCCCUUUGCCGGCAUCAACAUUCUGCUGGCCGGCGACUGCUGGCAAUUCCCUGCCGUGAAAGCCACGUCCAUCUUCCAUAACCCCUUCAAGCACGGACAAAGUGUUCAGGUAGCGAACCUCCAGAAAGUGUUGUGGACGCAUGACCGACAGAACAUCCAACACCUGUUCGAACUCACCCAAGAGCAUCGUUGUGUCGAUCCGUGGUUAAGUGCCAUUCUCCAUGCCGCCCGACAUGGAGCUGUGACUCAAGAGCACUGGGCGUUUCUACACGGCUUCCCGACCUUGCAUGCCGGCUCGUGGAACCCCCAAACAAACAAGUGCUCUUGCAAAAAGCCGGCCUGCGAUGCCUUGGCCAAGCAGUGGACCAAGGAAGUGUUGGAUCCGAAAAAUACACGAACCUGGCAGGAUCGGCGCCAAGCAGAAUGCGAUGUCUGCGCGGCCGAACGCCGGCGGCGCUGCAUCGUUGCCGGAACAUCCGACUUUGGGCCCAAUCCAAAAGACAGCAAAUUUUUGCAGGCACCGUUUGUGCAUGGACUGAAUGCUGCCAAGUACGUCGCAGCACUGCUGCGGGCCCGGUGGGUGGCGGCCGAGCAACGGCAUCUCUUGCUCUGGGUCGUGGCGCAGGACACGCCGCUCUUCCACACCGACCCUGACACGGAGGCCCAAGAGCUGCAGCACCGAAAAGAGCAAUGGCUUCAGCGACAUGACCAGGCGACAGCAGGGAUAAUGGGAUUGUUGCCACUCUUGCCGGGCAUGCCCGUGCGCAUCACCCAGACCUUGCCCGAACUCAAACCUUGGGGCUUGUUCAAGAACACCCGCGGAUCCCUGCACGGGUGGAGCCUCGCCGAAGAAGACAUUGCGGCAAUCCCGGCCUGCCAGCAGCCGGAGCUGGUGCUCCAAAAAAUGCCGGCAUGCCUCUUUGUCGCCAUCCCCGGUGCCACCUGGCAGCACCGCCCAGGUCUUCCACCGGGGGUCGCUUGCAUUCGCCCGGUCGUGCAACAUUGGAAGCUCGAAGCCCACGGCACCGCCACGGUCGCCAGACGAGGUUUUCCGCUGGCCUGCGAUUACGCCGGCACGGCGCAUUCGUUUAUGGGGGCUACAUUAGCUGCCUGCAGUUUGGACUUAGGAUUUUGGGACACGGCGGCGAACCGGGACUCCCAGCUCAGUGCCUACAUGUGCCUGUCCCGAGUAAAAAAAGCAGAAGACCUCUGCAUAGCCCGUCCCUUUUCCCCUAAUCUUCUAAGCCAAGGUGAACUAAUAGGCCCCGAUACGUUCCUCGCAGUGCAUCGGCAAGCCCUGACCCUGGCGGACGCCAAAAGCAAGUUUGAGCAAGAGCAGGUGCAACGGAAGCGCAAUCCGGAGACCCUCUUCUUUUGUCGCGGAUGCACCCCGAAAGCUAAAGGCGAGCACGGCCUCCUGCCGUUGCGUGACUUCACCAGUAACAAUUUGUGGCAGCCGGAUGCUUGGUUGGAGAUCGUGUGUCGUGGCAUGGAACGCUUGUGCAGUCAGUGUCGCCACCCACAGGUGUCCGGGAACCCCACCAGCGCUGAAGCCGACGCCUCCAGCAAGUGUGCAUUUUGUAACAAAACCCCACUGCCGAAACUCGGCUUUUGCAAGCAAUGCCUGUCCGAAGCCAGAUUGGCCUGCGCCCGCUGUGACGUAGGUCGAAAACUCAAACCCAAGACCUUGGCGGACUUCAGCCCCGCGGAAAUUCAACGCCGCAGAGCAACGAAGGAGUUACGAAAAGCCCGCUGCAAAAAGUGUGAACUGCACCAACCCAACAAAGGCAAAGCGAAGGCCGGGCAGUGCCGCACGUGUCGGAACGUCGUCAGCGUGUCCCACUUGCACCAGUAUGACUCCAAGGCCAACGACGGCAUUUGUCGCAAGUGUUGGCGGAAAGCCACCAACUUGGAGGCAGCGACCGCCAAGGUCUGCCCACAGUGCAGCACACCUUUGAAACCAGCGGCGACACCAGGUUCGUGGUGUCAGAGCUGCGCCUAUCCACCGUGUGCAAGUUGCCAAAAAGUGGCACGGCCAAACAAAGGCCCGUACCACGCCAAACACAAACCUGUCUGGCUGUGCGCAGCCUGUACAGGAUGUCCACAGUGCAACAAACCUUUGAAAGCAAGUUCGAAACCAGGCACAUGGUGUCAGAGUUGUGCCUAUCCACCGUGUGCAGGUUGCCAAAAAGUUGCGCGGCCAAGCAAAGAUACGUACCAUGCCAAGUAUCGACCCUUCUGGCGAUGCACACAGUGUGCCCUAGAAAGCUGUCCGAGGUGCCAAGCCAAUCCCUUGGGUCAAGACGCGGGCGGCGGACCAGACGCCGCGUGUCCACAGUGUGCAGAACGUGGUCCCAAGUGCGCAGUAUGCAAACAGCCAAUGCUUGGCCGCCCGCAUUCCCACGGCUGGUGCCACGGGUGUGCCUUUCCGCCAUGUGCAGCCGGCUGUGGUACACCGCGCCCGAGCAGAAACAGGGGAGACCAGGACAAAUAUCAUGCCAAACUUGGUGUUGUUUAG